AUGUUCCAAGUUUCUCGUCCAUGGCAAGUGGUAGCCUCGGUAUCGACGCUACUGUGUGCGAUCCGAACCACUACAGCGCAACAAUAUCUUGCAGUCAACUGGAGUUCGACAAUUUAUGGGCCAGAUGGGCCGUGGAAUGCAAUCACUGUCAAAGUGGGUGGCAACCAGAACAGCAGUAACAUUGCCGCCGAACAAGUCUCGGUAGACCUUCUGAUUGGCAGUUAUUACGCUUCGUACAUACCUUCAAGCUCAGCUUGCCGACCCUAUGGCCCACAAUGUGGUACUGGAGGGGAAUGGGACCCAGACACGUCCGUUCCAAGUUCAUCGCCUCCAAACAUCUGGGAUGCCCCCUCUGCUAUAAACAUUACAGGGACUGUAUAUCCUGCAGCGGUCACCAUCGGCUCUGCAGAGAAGCAACAGACGGUCUACAAUGUUGACCUUGCUACAAUUGAUGCUUUCUCCGUCGACUACCCGAACCAAAAGACUGCAGCUCCGGAACUUGGUUUCUUUGCACUGAACAGUGGUAACGAUCAAGCCGCUCAAGCUGUGAACUACAACAAGGACGGCCCAGACCCCUGGAUUGUCGCUGGCGCACUGUACAACCAAUCCAUCAUACCAUCCUAUUCAUAUGGCUUGCAAAUCGGCUCCGCGGCGUUGGACUAUGGUGGAUCACUCAUUCUUGGUGGCUACGACAAGGGAAGAGCUAUUGGGCCAUAUACGAGCUACGCUGGUUAUUCCGCAAUGCUGCUGGACAUAUCAAUCAACGUCGAAACAGGCUCGAGUCCUUUUUCCUUUGGCAACGCUUCAGGUCUCCUUAUGAACAUUCUUGGGCAGCCAGACUCCUUGAUAGUCAAGGUGGAUCCUAUGCCUCCAGGCUUGCAUCUCCCUGCUCAAACCUGCUCAGCUCUUGCAGAAAAACUUCCCAUCUAUUUUGAUCAAGCUACCCAGUAUUACCUCUGGAACACAUCUGAUCCAUCUUAUGAGACAAUCAUCAACUCUCCAGCUUACCUAGGUUUUCACUUUACUCCGGCCCCUGGUGACGACGCCAACGUUACCAUCAAGGUCCCAUUCAAACUUCUGAAUCUCACACUCACAUCUCCUGUGGUAUCAUCCGCUGUGCAGUAUUUCCCAUGCAUUCCCUUCAAUAUGCCACGUGGGGACCAGUGGCGUCUCGGCCGCGCUUUCCUCCAAGGCGCCUUCCUUGGCUACAACACUCAAACAAACACUAUGUGGCUCGCGCAGGCACCAGGUCCUGGAGCUUCCAACCGAGGACUCGGCUACCAACCUCAGAAUAUGAGUAAUGGCGCUACAACACUCGACAUCUCUAAUGACCAGACUUUGUUCGCACAGUCUUGGUCCAAGCAUUGGACGCCGUUCAACGACUCCAAACCAUCCACUUCCAAUGCCACAUCUCCAACGACGGUGCCAAACAGCUCCAACACGCAGCACAAGACUGGUAUAUCUGGCGGAGCAAUAGCAGGCAUCGUCGUCGGCGUCGUCGCUGGUGUGGUCCUGAUCGCUGCCAUCAUCUGUCUUGUAAUACGACGGAGACAACAAUCCUUCCAACCCGUUUCUCAAGGAGCUUCGGACACUUCUCCUAAUAUGCAACACAAAGAAGAACCCAUAAGUGAGCGUGGUGCAUACGCUGCAGAGCUGCCAUACGACCACCAAGUUCAAGAAAUGCCGCAGUAUACGAUACGCAAGGAACUGCCUGUGCCGGAACAGACUCAUGAGCUUGACUCGACUUGA